AUGACAGGUGAGUCUUCUAGAGCAGAAUCUUUUUCAUUUUUUUGCAAUUCCAAAAAAAAAGAAAAGAGAAAAAAGGAUGAGAUAUAGAAAUCUCGAAAUCAAUUUUUAUUUAUUUAUUUAUUCAUUCAUUUAUUUUUUUAAAUGUUAAGCAUUGCAUUCAGUCCAAAGCUAAAGUAGUUACUUUAACACUUCAGUGUCAAGAAAGAUCUUGGCAAUAAUGAAAUAAUCUGUCCUUCUUCUUUAUUUUCAAAGAACCUAUGACCUUUGACAAGGUCAUUGAGACCGUUGCCGACUUCUACAGGAAUGGAGUCAUAAAUGGCGACAUAAAAGAUGAGUCUUUAAAGAAGGAGAUCGAGAAGCUGAAGGAGUGCCCUAAAUUUCAGGUAAUUCAACUCUCAUAGUUUACCUGACACAGUCAUUAUGUUAACUUAAACAUAAUAAAUGUUGUUGUUUUUUUUUCUUUUUCUAAGCCAACAUCUUGACUUUUUUUAUGCCACUAAAUCUUUCAUUAUUCUCCCAGAAAAAAAUGAUGAAGCGCUCCAAACGCCGAGGAGGAGGUGAAGGGAUGGGGGAGGGAUGUGAUGGAAAGCUCACCCCUCAGAAGUUUUUUUGUCUUGUGAGAAUGAAGGUCAUGUGCAACCUCAAAGGAAAAGAUGAUUGUGAUGAUGAUGACGAUGAUGAUGAUGAAACUAACUAA